GCAUUUUUUGCACCUCAUCAAGCAUGUAAGAUGUACAGCUGUUGUGCAUCUUACAUGUGGAUUAAGCAGUGCAGGUACAGAUGUGCACAUGGAUGAGUACAUACACAUGUAUGUACAUAUGGAGUACAGAUAUGGAUGAGUACAUACACAUACGUACACGUCACACGCAACACGUCUUUACAGUAAUUAUGAUAAUACACGUGAAUUGAAGUACGUUUGUACAUGUUUGCACAGGGUGUAAGUGCAGUACAUAGUACAAGCACAUAUCUAUACAGUUGCU